AUGGCUGUUGGACUAUGUAAAUCCAUGUCCCAGGGUUUGGUGACCUUCAGGGAUGUGGCUCUAAAUUUUUCCCAAGAGGAGUGGGAAUGGCUGGACUCAUCUCAGAAGGAUUUGUACAGAGAUGUCAUGUUGGAGAACUACAGGAACUUGGUAUGGCUUGGACUUUCCAUUUCUAAGCCCAACAUGAUCUCCUUAUUGGAACAAGGGAAGGAUCCUUGCAUGGUGGAGAGAGAGAUGUCAGAUGGUCAAUAUGCAGAAUGGGACUCUUUGUAUGAAAUCAAGGCAUUAUCUCCAAAAUGGUACAUUGAUGAAGAGGAAAUAUCCCAGGGGAUGAUAAUGGAAAGACUUACAAGUUAUGGCCUUGAAUCCUCCAGUUUCAGAGAAGCCUGGAAAUAUGAGGGUGAAUUUGAGCAGCAUCAGGGAAAUCAGGAGAGUCAUUUCAGGCAAGUGACAACUCUUAAGGAAAUCUCUGCCAUGAAAAGAGACAAUGAAUAUAAUAAUUCUGAGAUAAAUGUUCUCUUGAACUCAGUACUUUUAACACAACAGAGAGUUGCCACAGUAGAACAAGUACAUAAAUUUGAUAUUUAUGAUAAAAUGUUCCCCCCAAAUUCAGUUCUAACUGAACAUAAAACACUACAUGCUGAGAAGGAAUCUUUGAUAGGUAAUGAAUGUGAAGAAUUCAACCAGAGUACAUACCUUAGUAAAAAUGCAGAAAUUCCUCCUGGGGAGAAACGUUACGAAAGUGAUGAUUUUUCAGAUCUCUUAAGUUUUCACUCAUUACUUACUCAACAUCACACAACUCAUCUUGGAAAAUUAUCCCAUGGAUAUGUUGAAUGUGGUGCUGCCUUUAGCUGUUAUUCGUUCUUUACUCAACCUCAGAGAAUUCACAGUAGAGAGAAACCAUAUGCAUGCAAUGACUGUGGAAAAGCCUUUAGCCAUGACUUCUUUCUCAGUGAGCAUCAGAGAGCUCAUACUGGGGAGAAACCAUAUGAAUGUAAGGAAUGUAACAAAGCUUUCAGACAGAGUGCACACCUUGCUCAACAUCAGAGAAUCCACACUGGAGAGAAACCCUUUGCAUGCAAUGAAUGUGGUAAGGCGUUUAGCCGUUAUGCCUUCCUUGUGGAACAUCAGAGAAUUCACACAGGAGAGAAACCAUAUGAAUGUAAGGAAUGUAACAAAGCCUUCAGACAGAGUGCACACCUUAAUCAACAUCAGAGAAUUCACACUGGAGAGAAACCCUAUGAAUGUAAUCAAUGUGGAAAAGCCUUCAGCAGACGCAUAGCCCUUACUCUGCAUCAAAGAAUUCACACAGGAGAGAAACCCUUUAAAUGUAAUGAAUGUGGAAAGACCUUUGGCUAUCGCUCACACCUUAAUCAACAUCAGAGAAUUCACACUGGUGAAAAGCCCUAUGAGUGCAUCAAAUGUGGGAAGUUUUUUAGGACUGAUUCACAACUUAAUCGACAUCAUAGAAUUCAUACUGGAGAGAGACCUUUUGAAUGCACUAAAUGUGGGAAAGCCUUCAGUGAUGCUUUAGUUCUAAUUCAUCAUAAGAGAAGUCAUGCAGGAGAGAAACCCUAUGAAUGUAACAAAUGUGGGAAGGCCUUCAGUUGUGGCUCAUACCUUAAUCAACAUCAGAGAAUUCAUACUGGAGAGAAACCUUAUGAAUGUAAUGAAUGUGGGAAGGCUUUCCAUCAGAUCUUGUCCCUUAGGCUACACCAGAGAAUUCAUGCUGGAGAAAAACCCUAUAACUGUAAUGAAUGUGGGAACAAUUUUAGCUGUGCUUCAGCUCUUCGACGACAUCAGAAAAUUCAUAAUAGAGAAAAACUUUUGAAAUGUAAUGACUGUGGAAAAGUCUUCAGUCAGAGCUCAUCCCUUACUCUUCAUCAAAGAAUUCAUACUGGAGAGAAACCCUAUAAAUGUAUAGAAUGUGGGAAAGCCUUCAGCCAGAGAUCAAAUCUUGUUCAACAUCAGAGGAUUCAUACUGGAGAGAAACCCUAUGAAUGUAAGGAAUGUAGGAAAGCCUUCAGUCAGAAUGCACACCUAGUUCAACAUCUGAGAGUUCAUACUGGAGAAAAACCUUAUGAAUGCAAAGUGUGUAGGAAAGCCUUCAGCCAGUUUGCUUACCUUGCUCAACAUCAGAGAGUUCAUACUGGAGAGAAACCCUAUGAAUGUAUUGAAUGUGGGAAAGCAUUUAGCAAUAGAUCAUCUAUUGCCCAACACCAGCGAGUUCAUACUGGUGAGAAACCUUAUGAAUGUAAUGUCUGUGGGAAAGCGUUUAGCCUUCGUGCAUACCUUACUGUACAUCAGAGAAUACAUACUGGAGAGAGACCCUAUGAAUGUAAGGAAUGUGGGAAGGCUUUCAGCCAGAAUUCACACCUUGCUCAACAUCAGAGAAUUCAUACUGGAGAAAAACCUUAUAAGUGUCAGCAAUGUAGGAAAGCAUUCAGCCAGAUUGCCUACCUUGCUCAACAUCAGAGAGUUCAUACUGGAGAGAAACCCUACGAAUGUAUUAAAUGUGGGAAGGCUUUUAGCAAUGAUUCAUCCCUUACUCAACAUCAGAGAGUUCAUACUGGAGAGAAGCCUUACGAAUGUAAUGUUUGUGGAAAGGCUUUUAGUUACUGUGGGUCCCUUGCCCAACAUCAGAGAAUCCAUACUGGAGAGAGACCCUAUGAAUGUAAGGAAUGCAAGAAAACCUUCAGACAGCAUGCACACCUUGCUCAUCAUCAGAGAAUCCAUCUUGGGGAGAAAACAUAUGAAUGUAAAGAAUGUGGGAAGGCUUUUAGUUUGCGUUCAAGUCUUACUGGUCAUAGGAGAAUUCAUACUGGUGAAAAACCUUUUAAAUGUAAGGAAUGUGGGAAGGCCUUUAGAUUUCAUUCACAACUUAGUGUCCAUAAGCGUAUUCAUACUGGUGAGAAAUCUUACGAAUGUAAGGAAUGUGGCAAGGCCUUCAGUUGUGGCUCAGACCUUACUCGACAUCAGAGAAUUCAUACUGGUGAAAAACCCUAUGAAUGUAAUGACUGUAGGAAGGCCUUUAGUCAGCGAUCGCAUCUUACUAAACAUCAGAGAAUUCACACUGGUGAAAAACCUUAUGAAUGUAAGGAGUGUGGGAAAACUUUUACUCGUGGCUCACACCUAACUCAGCAUCAGAGAAUUCAUACUAGUGAGAAAUCUCAUGAAUGUAAAGAAUGUGGCAAAGCCUUUAUUCGUGGUUCAAAUCUUGCUCGACAUCAGAACGUUCAUGUUGGUAAGAAACCCUAUGAAUGUGAGAAAUGUGGGAAAGCCUAUGUCUGGAGUUCACACCUUGCUCGACAUCAGCGAAUUCAUACUGGUAAGAAACCUUUUGAAUGUAAGCAAUGUGGGAAGACUUUUAUAUGGGCUUCAUACCUUGCUCAACAUGAGAAAAUUCAUAAUGAGAGAAAACCAUAUGAAUGUAAGGAAUGUGGAAAGACCUUUAUUCAUGGUUCAGAGUUUAAUCGACAUCAGAAAAUUCAUACUCGUGAGAGAAACUAUGAAUGUAAGGAAUGUGGAAAGACCUUUUUUCGUGGUUCAGAACUUAAUCGACAUCAGAAAAUCCAUACUGGAAAGAGAUCAUAUGAAUGUGAAGAGUGUGGAAAAGCCUUUCUCUGGGGUUCACAACUAACACGACAUAGGAAAAUUCAUACUGAUGCAGAACCCUAUAAAUGUAAGGAAAGUGGCCAGAUCUUUAGUGACCAUUCUUAUUUUGCUGAACAGAAAAUUCACAGUGGUGAGAAUCUUUAUCAAUGGAAAUAUUAUGGGAACACCAUUAGUCAUGACUCAUACUUUGCUCAACACCAGAGUAUUUACACUUUUGAGAAAUCCUAUGAACGUAAAGAUCUUGACAGGGCAUUUUCUCCAGGCUCUCACUUUAUUUCACUCUUGUGA